UAGUUUGAAGUGAAGCUCAUCUUCAAUCAAGAUGUUAAUGAUGGUGCCCUGUGCCAGUUUAUAUGAUCAUUUCAAGAAGCGAAUUCUGGCUCAGCAGAGACUCCACAUCCAGUUGCAAGAAUGCAUCCGUAAAAAUGCAGCAAACACACUGUCUAUGGCCAACAUGUUAAUGGGGCUGUCUUCUAUUCUUUGUAUUUUAAAAGGGCACCAUUAUUUUGCAAGUUGGUUGCUUCUGAUUGGUUAUCUACUUGACCUUGCUGACGGAGCCGUAGCUAGACAGCUGAAUGCUUGUUCAUCCCUUGGGGCGAAGCUGGAUGACUUUGCUGAUUUUACCACUUUUGGGAUUGCCUCUGCAUUGCUUUUGCCAAUCCACAGUGUGCUGGAUGGACUGCUAGUGAUCUGUUACAUCAUGACCGUCUUCACACGCCUCUGCUUCUUCUCUAGUGGUAUUCCUUUCAUGUACCGAGGAUUGCCAUGCGCUUAUGCUUCUGUAAUCUUGGCCUGCACCAACCUACUCAGCAGGGGUAACCUACUAAUUCUACAGCUCACUGCCAUUCUCAUGGUCCUCUUAAUGGUGGACAAGGGUUUAUACCCCCAUGACAAAAUUCUGGAAUCUCAGAGUUGGAAGAAGCUUGUAUAUGCAGGAGGCAUUGUGAUGAUACUCUGCUCCUCGGUACCAUCAGCUUGUGUCUACUACCUUGUGUGGUCAGCUUCCUACAUUCUCUUUCCAGCUGCUCUGUGGAGCUAUAAGGACUAAAGCCCAAGGAUGAAUAAGAGUGAAACAAGCAAAAAAUGACCCUUACAAAUGUAAUGGAGUGCAGUAAACCCAGUGGACUUUGCGAUCAAGCCAGCCACACAGGAUAUGUGCUCGAGCAGUAGCUCACUAGAGGCUAAUAUGAAUAAUUCAAGUAAAAAGGAAUAUAACUACAUACUGUACAUACACAAGAAGAAAAUGUAAUGUACAUGGAAGCCCUCAGUCAUAAAACUAAAUGAUGGCUAUGAUGCUUUAGAUUACCAUUUCUGAUCUGCCAUCUCUUCCACCAAGUCUUGUAUUCAAAUAAUAUCCAGCAUUAUUAGAUGUCUGACAUCAUAUGAAGAAGGUCUAGUUACAAGCAUCAUCUAUCUCAUUCUUCUACAUGGCCUAAAGGUGGCUCAUAUGCCAGUAAUGUUCUGACACAUUGAGGUGAGUAGAUAAGAGUGUUCCUACUCCAGGCUGAACAUUGUGAGUAUUUUCAGCUUUUCAAGAAAUAUAUCAAAGAGUUGUGUUUUACAAACUUGAAAAUUUUAUUGUCCGAACCUCUUCUGUGAAGAUUUUUCAUCCUUUUAAUGAAAAUACACAAAAAAACUUGCAGCAAGAAGGUGUAAACAAGGGUCUAACAAGUAGAAAGGACAUUUUGCUCUUUUUCUUUUCAAUCAUGGUUUUAAGUUGUACCUCAGACAAACAAACCAGAGACAAUCAUCCACUUAAAAAGUGAAUCAAAUGAAGUACCCUGUUGAUGAAAUUUAAUUUUCAUAACAUUAUAAAUUUUUAAAGCACUCAAUUAAUUGAUGGGCAACAUAGCACUUAGUGCUUCUGCAUCCCAGCUCCAGAGUCCA